CACUGAUAGGUGACACUGAUGAUGGGUACUGAUAGAUGGCACCGACUGGCAUCACUGCUGGGCACUGACUGGCACAACCGCUGGGCACUGACUGGCAGCACUGCUGGGCUGCACUGGUGGGUGGCACUGGUGGGCACAGGUGGGUGGCACUGCUGGGCACAGGUAGGUGGCACUUCUGGGCACAGGUGUGUGACACUGCAGAGUGGCACAGGUGGGUGCACUGCUGGGCACAGGUGGGUGCACUGCUGGGCACAGGUGGGCGGAACUUGUGGGUGGCACUGCUGGGCACCGAUCAUCAGGGCACUGAUCAUCAGUGGCCCUGAUGAUCGGUGCCGAUCCUCGCUCUGACAACUGCCGGUUCUCGGCAGUACUUUCCUCACGAUCUGACAGCGUGAGGAAAGUGCAGCCGAGAACCGGCACUUGCAU